AUGAACAUCUUCUCAAGAUCCGCAUCGAGUCUCGCCCGGAAGGAUCCCUGGAUAUGCUCGUCGUGCGCAAAAAUCACCCGCCGCCGCAGUCUCUUGACGCCCUUCUUCAAGCCGUCCAUGAGCAGACCAAUCUCCAACUCCUCGAAAACCCAGGCCAAUGUCGCCCCGUCGAUGGAGCAGUUGCGAGCCCCGUUCGCACAGAAGAAUGUCUCGACGCUAUACUAUGCCAUAAGUAUUAUCAUGGGGACAGUGGCAUUCUCGUAUGGCUCUGUGCCGAUGUAUAAGAUGAUAUGCCAAACUACCGGGUGGGGAGGCCAGCCGAUUAAAGCAUCUGGGCAUGGUACUACAGACGACGGAGGUGACCCCUCUUCCCGCCUCAAGCCUGUCACGUCUGCGAAGCGUAUCCGCAUUACUUUCAACGGAUCUGUCUCCGAUGUGAUGCCCUGGAAAUUCGUACCCCAACAGCGAGAAGUACGAGUUCUUCCAGGAGAAACAGCGUUAGCGUUUUACACUGCGACAAAUCGAUCGGAUGAUGAUAUUAUUGGAGUGGCUACAUACAGUGUGACGCCUGCGCAGGUGGCGCCGUACUUUUCAAAGAUCCAGUGUUUUUGCUUUGAGGAGCAGAGGCUGAAUGCCGGAGAGACGGUAGAUAUGCCCGUGUUCUUCUACAUCGAUCCGGACUUUGCGAAUGAUCCGAACAUGAGAGGCAUUGAGCAGGUAACGCUAAGUUAUACGUUCUUCAAGGCGAAGUAUGACAAUAACGGGCAUCUGAAGCCAUACGCAUAA